GGGUGAACAGAAGCAACAGUUAAGGAUUGACGCCCAGUAAAUCCUCCCCGGCCAGGAUACGAACCCAGGACAAAGUGCUCGCGGAACGCCAGGCGAGUGUCAUACCACUACACCACGGGGACAUGUUCCAAACUGGUUAUCCACCGCAAGUCAUAUAAGUUAACCCGGGGACAAGUGACGUCUGUACAGCCACAAAGCUCGGUGUUGCAGCCUACAAGAGGAAUCACCAAGACAACCGCCAGUUGCACAGUCAACACCAUCAACAAUAAUGUCUCAGGAAGGAAAAAUUGGGAUUGUUGGCAGUGGCUUCAUUGGCCGUAGUUGGGCAAUGCUUUUUGCCAGUGUUGGUUAUGAAGUCUAUCUGUAUGACAUCAAACCUGAGCAAGUUUCAUCAGCACUUGAGGACAUCUUACAACAGUUGAAGAACCUCCAGAAAUCAGGACUGCUGCGGGGCAAAGCAUCAGCUGAAGAACAACACAAGUUAAUUAAGGGUGCAAAAACUCUCGAGGAAUGUGUGACAGGAGCCAAAUUUGUCCAGGAGGCUGUCUUUGAGGACUUGGAAUUAAAGAAGAAGGUGUUUAAACAGAUUGAUGAGCUUGUUGAUUCCAAAACUAUUUUGUCAACCUCCACAUCAUGUAUUGUGCCUUCAAAAAUAUCUGCAGACUUGACACACAAGGAAAACUUCAUUGUAUCUCACCCUGUGAACCCUCCAUAUUAUGUGCCUAUGGUAGAGGUUGUGCCGGCUCCAUGGACUUCAAAGAAUGUGGUGGCUCAAACAAAAGAGAUAAUGAUUGAGAUUGGUCAGAAACCUGUUAUGUUCUCACGGGAACACAUUGGUUUUGGAUUGAACAGGAUACAGUAUGCCAUUUUGAAUGAAUGCAACAACUUGGUACAAAGUGGAGUUUUGUCUGCUGAGGAUGUGGACGUCAUGAUGAAGGAAGGACUGGCAUACCGUUACCUUUGGAUGGGUCCGCUUGAAACUGCUGCUCUUAAUGCUAACGGCAUGAAGGACUACCUUGAACGAUAUGGUUCCACCAUAAGUACAAUCACCCGUGAUUUCGCACCCGCUCCCUCUUGGAUUCCGGAGGAGUCUGGAAAAUUCCUCGAGCAAAUGGAUCAGAUGGUUCCAAAGGAAAAACUUGUAGAGCGACGGGCCUGGAGGGACUCGAGACUUGCUGCAGUUGCCAAGCUUAAAAAAGAAAUGAAGGACUAGGAGGCAUCUGGAAAGCAAUAUAUAAUUUGCAUCAAGAGAAGUGCUACAAUAAACACCAGCAAACAUCCAAGCACUAGUAUUUUUUUAAUUAUUUUUUUCAGUGUAGGGACUAUGAUGCAUGUUCCAUGCUUUUUGUAUUUACAGAUUUAACAUUUGUCAUAUUUGCUGUUUUUAGAUUUUAAUGAUUUUUUUUUUGUUUUUUGUUUCAGUAAACAUUUAGAUUUUCUUUAUCUUCCUUAAUAAAUUUAUUCAGGAAACUCUUAUUAUCAUGAUACAAAAGGUCUUCAUGAAUUAAAUGAAUUGUUCAAAUCAAAUUAUAAUCAAAAAUAUGUUUUAUGUAUAUUAGUUAUAGUAAUUAUGAUGAGGCAGUGUGUGCGCACAUGCACAAGACUUACUGUACACAUUUUGCCCUCAUUGUGGGCAUUUACAAACAGUAAUGACUGUUACUAGAAUUAAUCAAUUCCAUUUUGGAAACAGGAAGGCUAAGCAAUAGUAAUUUAGCUAAGAAUAUGUGAGCAGGCAUUUUGAAAAUGCCACUCAUGUGCCUUAGCUGACUGCAUUCCCAUAAUUACAUGGUAGGUGUUUCUUAUUUCAAGAAUUCUGUCAACAUAGAAAGAUGUGUUGGAAAUAAGACAAGAUUCUACAAUCCUUGAGAUACCAAUCAUUAUCAUCUCGAGUUGUAUGGGGCAAUAUUACAGAUUGUUGAAAUCUAUGGGGAUAUGUUGGUUGUACUCUCACACGAAGUGCAACUUGAUGACAUGCUUUCUCCACUUCCUGUCACCCCUUUAGUAAAUAUUCUUUCAACUUCGUUUUCUCUCAUUUGCACUUUAAAUUUGUCUCAAGAUUCUUCCAUGGUUGUCUGUCAGUUGGAUGUGGUGUUAAGGACAGUCUUUGGUACAAAGGAUAAUGUAUCGUUUGCUUGGUCAAUCAGGUUAAGUACUCUUGAGCCUUAUAAUUUGUAGAAUGGGUGACUAUGUGGCCCACUCUUGGUUUGGGGGAUGUACUUAAGAAUGUGUACAAGAGUACCCUUGUUAUCACUUAUGCUUGCUGUCAAAAUUUAAAAAGUGCCUGUUUUGGAUGACGGUCAAAUAAAUAAUGCAGGCGUCCUCAAGUCUCUUAGGUGGCUCUUCCAAUAGUUGUUUUAACUUGUCAAAUAAAUUGAAAUUUUGAAGGAAGAUUUUGUUUGGCCAUCACCACCACCUUAGGCCACCUCCUCAUGUGGUGACUUUCUUUGAUGAAACAUCAAUGAAGAAAUAAUCAGGGGCAUUACAAUAUCAGAUAUAUACUGUGCUUCAUACUCAGGUUGCAAACAUAGUACAGUAUUAACUAUUAUUAAUACAUGCAAUAUGUCCAAAAGGGUUGUUAACAAAAAUAAAUUUUCAACAAUAAGAAGAUUGAUUUUGAAAAAAAUAUUCAUAAACCUAGCAAAGAUCCAAUGGGGGACAGUCUUUACUACUCCAAUGCAAUGAAUAAAACAAUUGAAGUAUACAAAGGCUGUUUGAAAUGUGCUCUUUUGCUGAAAAAAAAAAAAAAACAACUUAAAACAGAAUGUGAACAACACUACAGGGGAAUGAAAAAAAAUUAAGAAUUUCCAAAAUUGGAAAGAGCUUCAAAUUUUAUGGAAAACAAACUUCCAAACCCAGGUCAACAUGGAUUUAAAGUGAAGAUCCUGCCUUUUGCAAUAAGGUAAAUUACAGAGAACAGGUAAAAUAAAGCCAGGAUAUUAAUCCUGGCAGAGUAACAGUCAAAAGCUCUGUACCCCAAGGCACUGCCCUUGCACCCCUACUUUUUCACAUCCUUGUAUCAGAUAUAAACAAAAAUACAAGUCAACUUCAUGUCAACCUUGGUAGUACACAUUGAAAAACAACAAGCCGACAUCAAUAAAGUCUUUGAGCAACAGAAAAUAGCAUAAUUCUAAUCAGGGAUAAACUAUAGAUAGUACUUAGGUUUGGUAAAAAUUAAGAAUUUAAAGAAAAUACAGGAUACAAGACAGUCAUGUCAAUUCAGAAGGAAAAUGACAAAGGAUCUGGGAAUAAUAAUCUUGGAUGACCUAACAUUUAGUGAGCAUAAAGCAAACAGCACCACCCAGGGAAAAUAAUAAAGUGGAUUAUGGAAUUACAAAUCUAGGAAUUCCACCACAAUGCUCUUACUUUUCAAACCAAUGUGCUUUCCUGCUUCAAGUAAUGUUCGGCAUUCAAUUUGUUUCAAAGCACGAGAAAUUUCUGAAAGAGAAUUUAUAACUUACAGUAAAGCACCAAAAUUAUUGGGACAAUCUCAAAGCACUCAAAAUGUACUCCAGAAAGGAGAUGAGAGAGGUAUUAUCCAAGAUAUUUAAAGGCCAGGUCCCAAACACAGUAUGCACAACAAAAUAACCUACACAUGCAAAAGAUAUGAUAGGAAAUGCAAAAUACACAGUAAAGAGUAGAGGUGUCAUAGGCAUGAAGAACACUAUGAACAUCAGAGGUCAGCUCUUCAAUCUCCUCCCAACUAACAUAAGAAAUAUUGCCUUAACAAAAGUGGAUGUGUUCAAGAAACAAUUAGAAAAGUUCUUGCAAAAAGUGCCGGCCCCAAGUUGUGAUGGAUAUUUGGGCCUGCAAACCACUCCAAGCAACAGCCCUUUAUCUAAAGUAAUCACAAGACAAGCCUGUCCCCAGACUGGGCUUGGUGAGUAGAACACUCAGAACCAACUCCAGAUAAUCCAAGUAAUCAUCAUAUAUAUAACAAUAAUUUUCAAUAUUCAUUGAAUAUUGAACUCAUUAUAUAAUUAAUCUACUAGUGGAAACUAAAACAAUCUGCUAAUAGGAAAAUAUUAUUCAUCAAGCUUUCCUUUGUUGUUUUUUUGAUGCUAUAAAAUAUAUUAACUCAAAAAUGAAAGUAAACGUAUAUUUAAGUUGUCCACGAUGAUAUGUUCAUAGUUGGACUUAACAUGCUUGCUUUGUUUUGCGUGAUCUCUUGCUUUACCAACCUUGCUUUUGUUGUACUGUAUUGACAAAACAGAAUUAGUACCAACUCUUGUGUACUUUAUCUUACUAAUAGUUGUGUAAUUUACCUCUGAUGCAAAAGACUCUGGAAUUCGGUAAAAUAUUUGGGGAUGGAAGUAUGGUUAAAUGUUAGUGGAGGUUGGUGUUGACGUGCAUGUGUACCUGUGUAUGUGUGUGUACACAUGCACAUGUAUAUGUGACGAUGUGUACUUGUAUAGCAGUGUAUGGGUAUGUACAGAUGCAUAUGUACUUGUGUAAGGAUGUGUACCUGUGAGUAUGUGUACACAUGCAUGUGUACCUACCUAUGUGUAGCAGUGUACAAUACUUGUGCAAGUUUCGGGUAACAUGCCACCUCUUUGCCAAAUGGUAAAUAUAUUGAUUAAUGAGGUAAAAAUUUUAGUUUGAUAAACUGACUUAAAUUACACUAUUGUGUUAAAGGAUUUUCAGCAUAUUUCAUAUAGUUUUGUUAAUCAUAAUUGUUAUUAGAUACACAACAACAAAUCUGAAACUAAAGGCAAUGACAAAGUUUCAUUCCAUCCUGAACUACAGUACUAUCAAGUUGUGUACACAAAAAAUGUGGUAAAGAAACUGCCCAUACACUAAAUGACAGAUGAAGAGAACACAAAAUAAGUGUCAAGUCUGUAGACACAAACAAUACUGUCUUCUGCCAUGUUAGAAACCCUUAAUCAUCCUCUAGAUUGGCCUUCUAAAAUAAUCCAUCCUGCCUCUACUCUUCAAAGAUCCUGCCUUGUCGAAUUACUCUCGUACACAAAAUGCCUAAUACUGCCUGUUGCCUGUCUCAGUACAUAGUUAAAUGAUUUAACCUUUGUAAUAAAUGUAAUGACUUGUGGGGAGAACCUAGAGGGGCUAAAGCUUUCCCUCUUCUAUUUCACCUCAUUCUCUUCACCAUUUGGCCUUCUACACUUUUCUUUAUUUCCAAUACUUCUACCUUCUUGUCUUUCACUUCUUUUUACUCUCCUGCUGAAAUUUUAGGGAUCACCAUAAUAUCAGAAUUUAAUUGACAUCUACUGUAUAUCCAAGAAAACCUGAAUUUGUGUUUUAAAUAUUUAUAAGAAUUUUAAUCAUUAUAUGAAAAAUAAAACCUUUUUCUUUUUAACUGUACAUACUAUAACAUUUACUUCAUGUGAUGGCUAUUAGUGUAAAACAUCAUCUUCAAAAGUACAGUAUUGCAAGAGUAAUGCAUAAUCAUUCAUAGGUAUCUGGGAUUUUUACACUAGCAAGAACACCACCAUAUAUGCAAGGAAUAGGGUUUACCUUUCUGGGAAGGGUAAGGGGGCAGUUUGUGUGGAAUCGUUAGACAUGGUGCAUAGGCCUCGAAAUGGUAAUUAGUGGCAUAGGUGUAAAUAGGAAAAUCAUGGAUAACUCAGGAGGGGGGGAGUAUAACAGGUACAAAAACAAAAGUUCUUUCCAGUUGAGAUACUCAAGGGAUUGGAUAACUUUAAUCUUAAGGGUUGAGAUAAUAACAAAGCAAAUGAAAAUGGAAGUUGUAAAAUGAAUAUAAAACGUUUAGGACAAGUUUAAGGGGCAGACACAAGCAUAAACAUACCACACUAAGAUGUACAUACAAACAGAGGAGUAUUAGAAAUAAAGUAGUAGAUUUUAGUGUACUUGUCAACACAAUAUAUUAUUACACUAACAGAAACACAGAUGAAUGUGGAAAACAAGAAAACUAAUGACUGAAUAUAAAAUAAAGGUACAGUAUACAGAUCAUUUCACACCUACAGGUUAAACGAGGACAGAGGGUAGCAAUAUGUAUCAGAAAAUAUUUAAAAUCUAAAUCUCUGGUAUCUAUGAAUGGUUUUCAUUACUUAUUAUUAUGAUAAUGAUGCACUCCUACCCUCCCUGAAGCUGUGAGCAGGAGUACACCCUCUAUACUCAUCAUGCAAGCAAUAGUGCACCCUCCAUACCUAUCCUGAGGGUGGUAGUGCUCCCCUGUACCCAUUCUGUGGGCAGGUAUAAGGUACAGGACUUGAUAAUGGUUCAGGACUUAUUGAAACAAUGUCAUUUCCUUUAUUUUCAAAUUUGUGGGUCAAGUCUUAAUUUCAGCUAUGUUAUUGUGACUUACUGUCUGCACAGUUGUAAUCGUUGAAUAUUAAGUAGCAUCCUUGUUAGAUGUGUUUACAGGAUAGAUUCAUAAACUACCAUCUCUGUUAUACUGUACUGUACUUGUUUCAAUACUGAAUGAAGUACAAGUAUUGUGUAUUCAUCUAGGAUAUUAUGAAUCAGGUAUAACGUAAGUGUUCAGUUUCAUAUUUCAAAUUCUUAACCACAGUACAAUAUAUACUAAUGCAGUAUAUUGAUACAUUAAAGUUAUACAUAUACGGUUUUAAAAUAUUGUAUAAAGUAUAUUGUAAGCACUAUAACAAUAUUGGUAUAUUGCUUACAAAAUAAGUAUUAAUAUAUUGCCAACAAUAUACUAAUGGUAUAUUUGUAUAUAACCCACAGUAUACGAAUGGUAUAUUAUGUGCAUUUGCAGUAGUGCAUUAUGAAUCAUGUUUAUAUAAUAUAAAAGUUCAUGUUCAUGUUGCACACAGUAUAUUAUGGAGAGCGGUAUUUUAAAAUAGAGAUAAAGGCUGUGUAGAAGAA